CAGUGUAAGACACUUUCCUGGUGGUGGUGUAGCUGGUUCGUGCUGUCGAAUCCCAGUUUCCCAUAUGGAGCUGCUCCGUGGCUAAAUUUCGCCAUCGACCUACCGGCCAGUGACCAAGUGCAAAGUCUGAGAACUACAAGGACACCCAGGCCUCAGGAUACGUUAGCAGUGGAGCUGUGUUCUCAACCUUAACUUAAGAGCAAUCGCAAAGCAACCACCAUGUCACGGUUUCGGAAGCAGCUUGUGCUAGUGUUUUCCUUAGCAGCACUGGGAUUGGCCAACGCUGACUACCAGGGCAAUAUGUUCCUAAACGGUCAGUACCAGAAUGGUGUGAAGGAGCAUAGGGAGACGCAUCACUCCGUCAACCCCACGACGAACGUCUUCCUCAAUCACGCCAUCAUCAGUCGGCAAGCCUCUCCCUUCCAGGGGCCUACGUACCUGCCGCCAAAGGAAUAUUUGAAGUGCGCUCCCAGCCAGCAGUGUGUGCGUCAAAGUCUGUGCGUGAAUGGGUUCUUCAGCCAGCAGCUGCCCAGGAUCCAGAACUGCGAGCCGGAAACCAACAUAUGCUGCACCUAUCGCGCACCAGAGACCACAACGUCAACGACCUCCACGCCUGUGCCGUAUGUAUCCUGUCCACUUGACUCGGACUGUGUGGCCCCCGAGGAUUGCCGCCGCGGCGAAAUCAGUGCAAUCAAUUACGUAAAAAAGCAAGGGUCGAACCGUUGCUACGCACCUGAGGAAUGUUGCCGCAUGCCCUCUACCACGUUAACCGAAGACGGGUACAUCUUUAAUCUGCCGGAAAAGAAUUUCCCCCUGCCGACGAACCCUACCGUGCCCGCCCUUCGCACCACCCAAGCGUCAUACCGUCCACUGCCCUCAACUUCGCGACCCACCAACGAGUAUCUGCCGCCUCAGACAACCCGGCGACCCAUUUACCAAGCGCCCCAAACUACCCGGCGUGCAGUCCCCCAGUCUGCCCCAACGACUCCCCGCGUCGUAACACCGCCUCCCCAGACCCAACCCGCCUAUCGUCCCCAGCAGACUCCGCAGCCGCAGCGUCCCAGCACCACCCGCCAACCUACCAACGAAUAUCUGCCUCCAGUGUCGGUCAACGAGAUUCCGCGCUAUGAAUCCGAUCGCGUGCCGCAGCCCUCUAACGAGAAGCCAGUGUACCGCGGAGAGGACCAGCUAUCGCCUCAAAUCUUUCCCACCCCCCAGCCAGUCAACGUGCCCAAACACUAUGCCAAGUGUGCCUCCGCACUGGUUUGUACUUGAAAUUACUGCAACGCCAUCGGAGUACUCUCUGAGACCCCCGUCGAACUGUCUUCUAUGGAAGCCGCCUUUCGCGUGCCGCUUACCGAAUGCCUUCAGGCCAAGAAUGGUGCGCCUGGAAAGUGCUGCCGCGACCCCAACUACGUGGACCCGUGGCCUGUUAACCUAGCCGGAGUGUGCGCCACUAGAAACAAGCGCACCAAGCCAACUGGAGUCAAGGAUCUAGACGCAAACUUUGCUGAGAUUCCCUGGCAGGCCAUGAUCCUGCGCGAGUCGAGUAAAACGCUUCUCUGCGGCGGCGCAAUCAUUGGCGAUGAGUUUGUCUUAACCUCUGCUAGCUGCAUUAAUGGCCUACCAGUUAACGACAUCCGCAUCAAGGCCGGCGAGUGGGAGCUGGGCAGCACCAACGAACCCCUACCCUUUCAACUGACCGGCGCCAAGACUAUCGACGUUCAUCCCUCGUAUGAUCCGACAACCAAUGCCAAUGACCUGGCUAUCAUCCGCUUGGAGAAGCGUCUGGAGUUCGCCACUCACAUACAACCCAUCUGCAUUAGUGACGAAGACCCCAAACCAUCGGAGCAGUGCUCUACAUCCGGCUGGGGCAAGCAGGCUUUAUCAAUCCAUGAAGAAGGCGCCAUCAUGCACGUUACAGAGACAUCGGCCCAGGGGCGCAGCGAGUGUAAUGCAGACGGCAGCAGCGUGUGCAGUGCCACCAAGUUCGACGCUUGCCAGUUUGACGUGGGCAGUGCGCUCGCUUGCGGUAGCGGCUCUAACGUCCGCCUAAAGGGAAUUUUCGCUGGCGAAAACUCCUGCGGCGAGGGCCAGACCGUGCGCUUUGCCAAGCCCGAUAUUAAAUGGAUAAACACGGCGUUCGCUGACAGAAACAAACCUUUACUAUUGAAGCGUUUUUAAGCUAGCCCGGACACCGAUGGAGGGAAAGAUUCGAACGACAAAUUGUCAGUUUUAAGAGAGUGUAAAUUGGUUGAACGUGGAACUAUCAAUAUUUAUUCCAACACCUCAAAUCAGGUAGCUAUGUCACAGUCAGUUUGAGGCAGUUCUUAUAUUUGAAUGUAACACAUAUAGAUAUAAUGAAUUCGGCUGAAAAUGUAAAAUACUUGAUUAUAUAGUAAGCUUUAGGGUC